ACAGACAUAUGGUACCCAAAAUGGUAUUUGUAUAUAUAAACGUAAUGAUCAUUUGUUUGAAGCAACGUUAUGCGUUUUUAAACUAAUAAACUUUGGUUUUAGUGAGACAUGUGUUGUUUUUUCAGUUAGUAUUUCACACAAAAAUGGCACUAUACGACAACAGACAUUGGCUUUUGUCUCACAUGAGUAAUUCUUUUAUAUCAUCUGAUGACACUGGUAUAUGUGAAAUGGUUAUACUUGGUGAAGAAAUUCCAAGGAAAUUUGAGAAUCAGUCAAAGUUGGAUUUCUACCCUGGUGUUGAUGACAGUGGUGAUGAAGAUGAUGCGUUCGACUCCCUAGGGCAGUCGUUUGACAUUCAAACUGACAUAGAGUUUGGUGCCCACCGCCAGCGUUCCAACACGGCCCAGCGACUGGAGAAGAUGGAACAAGACCGCAAGAGGGCAGCCAAGGUGAAGCAUGUCAAGUGGGAAUGGAGUCCUGCUCUUCUCACUGAUGAUGAGAGGGCAGCCCUGUUUGAAAGGAAGGACUUCAAGAAGGAUGGCAAAGAAGAAUUGAAGAAGGUGAAGAUGAAUUCUUUGUUGUCGGAGCAGUUGGAGAAGUCUCCGCAUUUACCUCAGAACCCAUUUCUAGAGUACGCCAAGUACGACGGAAACGCUCUGGUAGGCGUGGCCACGAGGAAGUACGGCAUCUUCCUGACCGUCCUGCCGCCUGAGCAGCGCAACUACCCCAUACACGUGACGGUAGUGGCCACCGCCAAGGUUCAGGACCUGAUUGGCUUGGUCUGCUGGAAGUGCUCCCUGGAGCAUCCAGACGUGAAAUUAGAGCAGGGUGUGGAGCGCUACGGUUUGUAUAUUGCUGAAGACGAUGGCGAGGUGGACUGGGAUUUUCCGUGUUUAGAGCCUCGUGAAACAGUUGCCAAGUUUGGAUUUGGUUUCCUAGCACUCGUUGAGCGUACUGAGAAGAUGUUACAAAAUGAGAAGUCGGACGAAAGCUAUGAAAUAUUCAACUUAGUGGAGGAAACCGCUCCCUCAGAACCUGCAGCUAAAAAAGCUCAAAUGCAAGACGUGGAUGACUUGCAGCGGAUGAAAGGUCACAUGACGGCAAUGGAAGCCCCCCUUUACCAGUCGUACAGGAUCAACAUCGUUAACAAGAUGAGAUCCAAGUCAGAAAUACAUCUCGGCGUGUCGGGGGAGAAGGUGGAGAUAGACCCGGUGGUGCAGCAGAAGGUGGGCGCGCGGUUCUGGAACAAGCAGCGCGCCGUCAGCUACGACGUGGACAGCGUGGCCGCCUGCGACCUGACGGAGACCAGGCCCGGGGCGCGCGCCACGUUCCGCCUGGUGUGCCGCCAGUCCGGGGGGCCGGGGCCGGGCCCGGCCGCCGCCGGCUUCAAGCAGCACGACUUCGAGGCCGACCGGCGCACCGCCGAGGAGAUCGUCCGCAAGGUCAACCACAUCCUGGAGCUGCGGUCGAGCGGCGUGAGGAAGGAGUACACCGCCCUGCGCGAGAGGAAGGCCCACCGCAGGCGCAGCUUCCCUUUGGGGCCCAGAUGAUCGCUGGACCGCUUGCUGAGGCACGUCUGCGUUGCCCUGGGGCCCGCGGCGUGUUUCGAGUACCAGGCGAGGGCUUAGACCCUGCGGUGACAGGACCAGCUGGGACGCUCUUCCGACGAACAACGGUCUUCAGGUCUUGUCAGGCAACUCCACGGCAAUCUUACGGUCCUUAUGUGUUGAUGAACUCGAGGUAAAUUGCAACUUAACUUUUCCUGUAAAUUUUACAUUUAAAUGUAAAAUCUGUAGUAUCUGUACAGGCAAAUUAAGCAUUUUUUUUUAAAUUAUGAACAGUACUUAUAUAUUUUUCUGUUUUUUUUUUUCCCUGGAAAUUUCUUUUUAUUUCCUUCUGUACUCCAGUACAGCUGAAAGCAAGGCUCCAGGCAUGCAAUAUAGUAAGAAAUAUCAGUCUGUGUUUGGUGGGCCUAAGUUAUAAAAUAUGUUGCUUACUAGUUAAUGGCUUAGUAGAGGGGCUUGAAUACAGUUGGAAUACAGUUGUUUCUUCCUUCUAGAAAUACCUCAUAGUACAAACUCUAACAGUAUAAGUUUGUAGAAUACUUUUGUUUGUUAUAGGAAUAGAAUACUUAUCAUGAAGGAAAAAUUUUAGUGUUCAAGGAAAAUAGUCAUGUACAGUAAUACCGUAUUUACUCGUGUAUAGCGCGCCCUCGUGUAUAGCGCGCACCACGAUUUUUGCAACUAAUUCCAAAGAAAAAAAAAAUUGAAUUUUUUUUUUUCCCAUAAAUAAAUUUUACUAAAAUUUUGUGGUACCUGAUUAUUUAAAUUGAUGUGUAGUGAUGCGUCAGGAAAAUACAUAAACUCUGCUGUCUAAACGGAAGAUAAUGAAGCGCUAUAUCGCCACAACUGGUACGUGGGCGGGCGGGAGGGAGGCGUGCCGCGCUACGUUGCUAAGCUGGCGCGGAGAACUAUAUGACUCACCGGUGAGGAAUGGAGGAAGCGAAGAAGUUGGCUGGGGGGGGGGGGGAACUGGUGACAACAUUCUCUCUUUCUCUCUCUCUCUUUUUACUAGCUUCUGAGCUGGCUUUCUGUAAAGGGGGGAGGUCUAAAAAUAAACAAGAGACCAUGAUGUGCGAGCUUGCGCACGCGUGUGCGUGUGCGUGUUUGUGUGUGAAAGAGAGGCCUUGUUGCUUGUGCGUAUGUGAGGGGGCUGGCCAGAAACGUCACCCGUCACCCGGCAGUUAACGACUUCCACUCCUCCCCGCCUCCCCCCCCCCCCCCAAACUUUUUUUUUUCCGUGUAUAGCGCGCAUCCUUAUUUUUUUCCUUUACUUGAGGGGAAAAAAGGGCACGCUAUACACGAGUAUAUACGGUAUUAUUUUCUGUUAUUUUGUUACAUAUUAUAAGAUUGAGGAAAUCGAAAAACUUAAGUAGGUUAACUUAAAAUUUUGUAUUUGUAAUGCUUAUUUUCUUAACUUGCUUGCUAGGACUGCAGGAAAGUGUUUCCCUUUAAGCAAAAUGCCUAAAUUUCUUGUAUACGUAUAGGUAGGUAUAUAUUAUCCAACCAAUUAACCAGCAAGUCAUGGCUUAUGAGACUUGAUUAUAUUUUGAAGGUGAAGAACCUGAAAAUCUUGCUCCGACACAGGAAACUCUUCAAGCAGCGCUCAGUUCAGAGGUUUUGUUCGUGGUGGCUGUGUGAAAGUGGAAAGAAGUGUGUCUUAAUUGUAUCAAACCAAAAUUUUGACUUUUGAUUACUAAAUAAACAAAAACUGACAGAGUAAAGUU